AUGGCCGAGCCAGUCGUGGAUUACUCGCUGGCGAACGCCGAUACCCUCACCAAGUACAAGACUGCCGCUCAGAUCUCGCAGAAGGUCCUUGAGACAGUUUCAGCAUGGUGUACCGAAGGAGCAAAGAUUGUUGACAUCUGCCAGAAGGGUGACAAGCUCCUCGAGGAGGAGGUCGCAAAGGUCUACAAGGGCAAGAAGAUCGUCAAAGGCAUCGCGCACCCAUGCACUGUCUCGCCGAGCUCCUAUGUCACUCCAUACACACCACUCGUCUCCGACGCCGAGGAGGCCGAGAAGUCGCUCUCCGCGGGAGAAGCCGUCAAGAUCCAACUGGGUGCCCAGAUCGAUGGCUUUGGCUCAAUCGUUUGUGACACCGUGCUUGUGGGCGCGAAGGACAAUGCUAUCUCUGGUCGCCCAGCAGACCUCCUGCUCGCAACACACUACGCGAACGAGCUCCUCCUCCGCUUGAUCAUGCCACCAGGUCUUUUGGCGCAGGGUACAGAUGAAGAGAAGAAGAAGGCACAGGCAGUCAAGCCAUACAGCCAGUCCAAGAUCACGCAGCUACUCGAGAAGGUUGCCAAGUCAUACGAGUGCACACUGGUCGAGAACACGACUUGCUGGUUGUUCGGCAGGAACGAGAUCGAGGACAAGAAGAAGAUCAUUCUGUCACCCAGCGAGGGCGUCAAGGGCGAAGGUCUGCCGGAAGUCGGCGAGGCCUGGGGUCUCGAGGUCGGUCUCAGCACUGGUACUGGAAAGGUCAAGACGCUGUCAAACAGGCCAACUCUUCACCGCAGAACGACCACGACCUACGGCCUGAAGAGACCUAGCUCGCGUGCCACACUCUCAGAAGUGCAGAAGAAGUUUGGCACUUUCCCAUUCAGCUUACGACAGCUCGAUGAUGAGCGUGCAGGCAAGAUUGGUGUGGUCGAGUGCGUUCGUGGCGGCGUUGUGCGCCAGUACGAGGUUAUUGGUUCGACCGAUGGCGAGCCUGUCAGCCGCCUGUUCACCACUGUCGCUGUCACCAAGAACGGCGUGCAACGUUUGGCGGCACCACCCAAGCACGACAUCUCACAGUGGAAGUCUGACAAAAAGAUCACGGACGAGGAGAUCCUGAAGAUCCUCGAGCAGCCGCUCUCGAAGGAGGCCAAGUCGAAGCCAAAGAACAAGAAGAAGAAGAAGAAGCCAGCGAAGAAGGCUGCUCCAAAGGAAGAGGAAGAAGAGGACGAUGACGAUGACGACGAUGAGGACGACAGCGACGACGAAUGA